AUGGUAAUAUCUACAAUAGAAGAGGGGAGGGAGAGCAGUGCGUGGGACAUACCUGUCACCAUGGCAGAAGAAGAUAUGGAGAGUGGUUCCGAAAGCGAGUUUGAUACCGCCCCCCCCGUGCAUCCGGUGCCUACAAUGCAAGGCGCCUUUGAGGAAUCUAUGAACGAGACCAUGAACGAUGACGAGCCAGAGGUGCCAGAUCGAUACUCCAAGGCAGAUUCGGUGACGAGGCGGAAGAUGCUGCUGGAACAGCAAGAAUACGAGCGCACAGUGGCGGGACGUUGGAAGCAAAAACCGGGAGAAAAGUUCCAUCCGCUGUGGAAGCUUGUAGCUCAGAUCUCAUUUGGGAUGCAUCUUCUGCAGCAGGGCUUGGCCAAAUCGGAUGAGGAGGUUCUCAAGAUACUACAGACACACGUCGAUGAAGUCGACGGCUUCCUCGAGCGGACCACCGAAGACUUUGAUCUAGCCCAGAACGACAUCAAUGAGCGCAUACGAUACCUCAAACUCCCACUGGAGCAUGGCCAAGUCUUCGAUCAGAUGCUCGCAGAUCGGCCUUUCCGUGUAGCGAUUGUCGAAGGUAACGAGAAGAUCGAACAUAUAAUAGACCGAACAGCAGCAGCUAUGAACGAUGCUUUGAAAGAUGUACAAAAGGGCCUAGAUGCGACAAGGGAGCUUGCAAAAUACAUGACGAGAGUCGACAAGCAGUGGGAGGAUCGAACAGAAGAACACGACUCUAGCCAGGUGCCUCCUUCGAGGCCGGUCAACGGCAGGUACAAUGUCGAGCCACGCGCUGAGAGUCCACAGCAUACAGCAACUCCCCCUAGAUCGCCAUUGAAGACAUUGCCGACAGGUCCUGAUCCUGCUGCUCGCACAGCUUCAUCCCAAAGAUUUAUUAAGACCUCAGUGAAUGAGUCCGCCACAUCCUCUCCUCGGAUGGAACAGACACAAGCAGGGCUAGCCAGUCCAGCCAUGAGGCGUGAUCUUGCGCCGAGAGCUAGAAGUCCAAAUCCUGUCGUGCCGUCACGAAGUCCUGAACCAUCAAUGACUGCGCGAGGUCAGCAACCGGGCUUGUCUACGAAGACUUCACAAACGUUGAGACCCGUCCGAAGCCCAGAGCCAACAAGGACGGCGAGAAGUCCAGAACCGAUAAGGUCAACGAAAAGCCCAGACCCGGUGAGAUCGGCCAGAAGUCCUGUUCCAGAUUUAUCAACCAAAAGUUCACAAACGCUGAGACCUGUCAGAAGUCCAGAGCCUACUAGGACGGUUAGAAGCCCGGAACCGGUGAGGUCAGCUCAGACUCCGUCACCAGCGCCGAACGACCAUCUUCAAAGCGAAAACGAGGAGACGGAGCCACGCGCCAAAAGUCCCAAUACUGUGGUGCACUUUAAGACUCCAGCUCAAGUAAUGGCAGGGAUGGCAGCGGCAUCCAGACCUCCAGUCCCAGAACGAUCGGCUUCGAGAAGGAGAUCAAUCACUGAGCAAGCCCGUUCGCUUCUCCGCAUGAAGCCUUCGUUUCAACGAAACGAUGAAAACGCGCUUUCCAGCACCAAUCUGCCAAUACAAAGUCCUUCUGGCGAACCUACGCCAAAAAAUCGCCCCUCCAGUCCUAUCGUCGCACGUUCUUCCUCGACUCGAAAAGCUCAAGCCAUGAGUAUGUCGACUUAUUCUGCAAGUCCAACAUCGCCAAUGAAAACCAGCGAUUUUCCCCCUGACCGUGGGGAUAGUCCAGUCUACACCAGAGCGGGAAAAAAUGUCCCCACUCAGAGUUCUUAUGGGGUACCGGCUUUCCCCGCGCAUUCUCGGACAACCUCCCUUGACCGUGCAAUGCCAGCUGGCUCCGCGUGGCUACCAGGGCAUUCUCGAACACCAUCUCUGGACAGUGCUGUACCAGCUGGCCCCUCUCAACAAAUAGAGUCACCCGCUAGGACAGAAUUGCCACCAAUGGCUCGUUAUGCUAAACCUGUUGCGGCGCUCGACGACUCGGAAGGAAAUGUAAAUACUGCACAUCCGUUGCUCCAGAAAGCUCGACACACCAGGUUUGCUACAAAAAAUGCGAACGAUCUUCCUCUUCGCCAUUACAAAAGCCAAGACGCCUUCACGCACUCAAAUCCUGAUCUAUCGCAACGGCAGACAGAAGGCAUGGUACCACCAAAACGAUCAAGUUCUCUACUCUACAACCCUAAUACACGAUCCAUUACACCUACAUUUUCUAGCGCCCAGACCGCUAUAAGCUCUCCAUACCCCAACCGAUUAUCGUCGCCUGAGACCAAAAGAUCUCCGACUCCAAACCAAUUACACCAGAAUGACUCAGCGAUUAGUCUAGUGGCUCGAGCACAUACCGCUUCCGCUGAAUCUGAACUGGGAAUCCACCCAGCCCAUCGGACUCCCGAACCUCCCUCCGCAUCUACGGCAGCCUCAUCUCCCUCGCCCUCUACAACAUCCUCGAGAGCUGAGCAAGGUGCGACGCCACCUCCAAUAGCUACAGUGCGCUCGCCGAAAACCAGUGAUGCAACCAUAACGUCUCCAAAGGUUCCUCCACCCUCUCGCUUUGCCCCAGCUGCUCCAUCUCAAUUCCAAAACACAACAGCACCCACAACCAGCAACCAUUCCCGAGAAGCCUCCAAAGACUAUCCUCCUGAGUCCAAUCCCAAGUACAAGACCACCGCCACAAAUAACACACCGUUUUACUUGAACCCUGCCUCAUCACAAGCUCUCCUCGAUUUCUUAGCUUCAACUCCUCCACCCUCUCCGCCGCAUCCGGGCACCAAGACGGAACCAGGCACUCCAGCAACAGCCUCGGCAGGCGCUUUCUUCAACCGCGCUUAUAUAGCCACGGAGAACCGUGGAGGUGAGUCUAGCCCACCUCCACCUUUUGCCGUUGGAAGGGGAAAAGGAAGCAUGGACGCACUCCCAAGAGCCAAGACCGGCGAUGGUAUAACGCGGGAGAAGAAAGGAUGGAAGAAAAUAUUUGGGGGCGGAGGCGGCAAAACGGAGAAGCAGAUAAAUGGGGUAAAUGGCAGCAUGGAAAUGAAGCAGAAGAAGAAAAGAGAUUAUCGAAAAAACGUCGAGUUGAGUCAGGUCUAUGGUGUUGGGACCGGUGCACAAAGCGUAGAUGGGAGGAUUGGAGAUGUGGGCAAGGAUGGUAGUGGAUAUAUGGGUUUAGGAAAGGACGGGGUGUGGAUAUCGAGGAAGAACUUUUCGAAGACAUAG